CGGUCAAUUCAAUCGACGGAAACAGGCGGAAACGUUUCUUGUUUAUAGUUGGAAGCGGGCAUAAGUCCAAAACGAGAGAUUUUGCAAAGUCGCCCGUCAUUCAUUAACCGUCCUUGAAUCCUCAAAAUGGCGAGGCAACCCAGCGACGCCGAUCGCUCCAGGCCUGGCGACACAAUCACUGAUCAUGAUGCAGAGUAUCGGGAGAAUGCAAAGGGGUCGAAACCUCUCAAAGCGAAAGAUCUAAGCCAUGUUCCUUGCAAGUUCCAUAGACAAGGGGCGUGCACUGCAGGAGCCUCGUGCCCAUUCUCCCACAUCGCAGCUGAGCCCGGCCAACAGAAGGGUAUCUGCCAGUGGUAUAUCAAAGGCAACUGCAAGUUUGCCCACAAGUGCGCACUCGCUCAUGUGCUGCCUGGUCAACCACUGUCAAUGGACCGCAAGAAUAAGCGUGCCGAGCAACAAGCCAGAGCAGCAGAGGCAGCGGCAGCGGCAGUGGCGGCAGCCUCGUCCACCGACCCAGAGACCAGUGCACAAGAGGUUAAACGCGCAGAUACGAACGAGAAACGUUACGCAUCGAAGGCGACGGGAGACUCCUUGAGCUCAAUACAUUCAGGCUCAACUUUGGGUUUGAGAGGAAGCGCAUCUUCGAGACCCCCCAUGAUGAUCGGGAAGGCGACCGCAACCGUGUCGACUUCUCAGAUGGAGUCUCCGUUACAUGACACCCACCUCUCUCGCCCUGGUGAGGAAACGCGACGUUCGUCACUUGCCUCAACAUCUUUCGCGGCUGUUGCUAGUGCUGGACUGACGCGAACGUCCAACCUGACUCAGCAACUGGAGAACUCGGGCCUUGGCCCCGCCGCAUCCAACUCGCCUUCCAACAACACCCUCGAAGAGCCUCAUUCUCCCGUUCCCGUGAGGUAUCCAUCCGCCACGGUCGCGUCCUUGGAGAACAAUGCCAAUGUUUCGCCCGAACGGAGGCGUUCGCCCAUCCCCGAAUCCCAAACUCGUCCUAAUGCCCGCGCAGUCGCGUCUGACCUUGGCUUCGGUCCAAUUGGUUCACCGCCGCAGUCCUCCAGUCUAUCUGCUCGUCUUAAUUAUCCUGGAUCGCCACAGGCCCAGGCACAUUCCCCUCCUGGGGGUAUCUCAUUAACGCGUGGACGGCAUCUCAAUGGGCUAUCUCCAGCUACACCCCCGAAGACGAACGCAUUCAAUUUCGAUCCUUCGGCGCCUGGUGGCUUCAGCACCUCACCCUUCUCACCGGGCUCGGCUUCCCUGUACGUUCCUUUUGGAGGCUCUGUGCCAUCGAGACCCAUCGCACCUCUGACUUCAAUAGAGCCUGAGUCCAGCGGCAGUCGUGGUUUGUGGGGGGAGGCGACGCACAGAGGAUCGCUGCCUGCAUCUGCACUGCUCGCGACCAUGUCCGCCAACGAUGUUGCUGUCAGUAAUCAGGUCAUGGUGGAUGACGACGCAGAGGAAUUCCUGCCACAUGACUUGCUUAGCGACGAGGAGAAGGUUCAUCGCGAAGUUAGGGGCCGCGCGGGAUCGCGACCUCAUUUCGGUGAUUCGCAACCACGCUUUGUCAGUUCUGUGCCCGCAACUGGAUUGUUGGGUCAACUGCACGCUGGUGGGUUAUGGAAUGAGAAGACGGAGAGACCAGAGGACGCUACGCCUCAAUAUCUGAAUGGUGGUCGAAAUCCACCCGCGUCCCGUAACAAUGACUUUGUUGCAGUUGGUGGUGGAAAUGCCCCCUCUCCAUCCCUGCUUGGCACUUCGAAUGCCUCAGCAGCAUUCCUUUCCGCCCAUCUACAUCGCUCAAAUGGUGGUACGCAGGAUAUAUAUCCUUACGGCCUAAAUGUCAAUCAAUCCGAAAAUCGCGAUGCCCUUCCUCACACAGCGGUUGACUUUGCGAUGUCGCCACCACGAGCUAGCAUGCUAUCUAACACCAAAUCAAGCGGAUUAUACUACCCAAACGACGGCUACCUUUCUUCACAACAGGCCGCCCGCCCUCUGGACAGUGGUUUGUCCCAUGGUCAGAUGGCACUCUCUCCGUCCUCAAGGGCGCUACGUUCCCACGAACCAGGACAGAGUCUUCCUCAAGGUCUAGCUGCGGGACUCAGCCGUCUACAUCUCGUCCCAGCUGCUAACCUGGUCAGUCCCCCCCUGAUGUCGGGGUCCAUGACUGGAAGCCCGCGUGAAGGGCUUGCUCAGCAAGAUGAUUGGCUCAAGAGUAUCAGCACAGAACUGAGAUCGCCACCUGGAGGAACGGGUGGAAGUGUCGGUUCUACCGGGGUUCUCUCGCCUCCUCGCCUUUCUGCUCUCCAUAAUGCCUUCGGGGGUCAAGGUGCAGGUGGGUCCGCUGGGAUUGGACAACUAAACGGAGGUAUCGAAGCCACGUUCGGUUAUUCCGGAGUUCCGGCAGCAGCUGCCCAUGGCAUGCAACAUCCGUGGGGCACGCACAAUGUUCCGAGUCCCUUAUCGAGGACUGUGCACACUGGCCACGACGACACGUUGUUUGAGAUGGAUGAUGCCUGAUGAUCUUUACGCUUUGCGCUUGCCAAAAGUAUCAUUUUGGUCUGUUAAUGUAUGGACUCACAAAAUGUGUCAACACACGCAUGCCACCCUUGCACAAAGUUUCGCGCGUUCGAACUGCGGCUGGGAGAUACCAUCGACUGAACUCUUUACGUAUUUUAUCAUCCGCUGUACAACGUUAAUGUUUGCUCUGCCUUUCAUAGUGUUGAUCGCCAAUAGUCACAUCCCAGCCCAUUUACUCGCAGUGUACAAUUAGGUGGAUAUUUGGAAAUGUACGAGAGAAUACCAUUUCGUAGAAACCAAAGGACCAUAUGGGUGGAUGAGAGUCUGAUUAAUUCAUGGCAUGUCUCAUACAUUGCAUAAUCCAUGGUGAUAUGGCAGUGAACCGAUCAGAA